AAGAAGGUAACAAGAAUAAUAAAAUUAGAUCAAACUUGCCCUAAAUCGUAGGACAGUUUUCAACUAUUUAACUGUUUGGGUCCCGAUUUAAAGCAAAAUAUAUUUGGUUCUUUGAGAUUUGUUAUCUUUUUUAUCUAAAAUUUUUGAAGGUCAUAAAAGAAACCUGGAGAGGAAAAAGAAAAAACGCUUCAGGCAUGGAGAAGGACAAAGGAGGAGAUAGGGCAAAGAAAGGCACGGAAGAGAACUACCAAGCUUCAAACUUGCUCAGGAAUUCUCAAGGUAACCUCAUUACUGCCGCCAGUGAUGACAAUCUCAACGAAAUCUUUCGCCAAAUCAAAACUUCAAAAACCCCUGCAGUUAUCAACUACGGCGCAUCUUGGUGUCGUGUUUGCAGUCAGAUUCUUCCUGUAUUCUGCCAGUUGAGCAACAAGUUUCCGAAGCUAUCUUUUGUUUACGCGGAUAUUGAUGAAUGCCCGGAAACGACUCAACACAUUCGAUACACGCCCACUUUUCAUUUCUACAGAGACGGUGAAAGAGU